GCCAAAGUACCGUUGGUGGCUUACUAGCGUUCGCGUGUCAUGCAUCGCGCUGCAACCUGAAUCCUCCUUUCCACGCAACCAGACUUCUGCCUGAGGAUAAUUACGCAGCCAUGUCUGCCUUACGCGCACAUCACGCACCACAAUAAUGCCAUAAAGAGGGACACGUCUUCUUGAUCAUGUACUAACAAUGCGAUAACAUAGCCAUUGCAGCCACCAAAUACGCGCCCACAAUGCCCAUCACCGAACUCGCUCUCCUCCACCUCACACCCGGUACCACAAUCGACGAUGCCGCCCUCCGCUCGAAACUGUCGCACGCAAAAACAGUCCUGCAGAACUACACCGGCCGGACCUUCUACUACAUGCAGCAGACGGAAGACCCAUCUUGCAUUUACGUCAUCGGAGAAUGGGACUCGCUUGAUCAGCACUUAAACGAUUUCAUCCCAAGCGCAGACAACCAAGCUUUACUGGAGAGUCUAAAAGACGCGAUUACUGUAGACUCCAACCUCGAACACCUUGAUGUAUCGAACGCUGAGCUCCCCUUGCCGACAACUCAGGCGCAACUCGAACAAGCGCGUCGUGGGGAACUGGUAUGGAGUAUCGUUCAUUGCAACGUCAAGGCUGAUGAGCGACACCGGUUCCUCGAUGCUUUUAAUGAAGAACUGCGGUUCUUACAGGGUCAUAUAAACGAGUUAAAGGGUAAGACAGGGCGUGGAUGGUGUGUUAGUGGGAAAGGAGACAAGGGAAAUGUUUCUGUGGCUUUGUGUCCGUGGAAGAGCGUUGAGCAACAUUUGGGAUUCGGCAAAACGGAAGGGUACGCGGAGGUUGGGGAUAUUGGAGAUUUUGUUGAUGAGAUUGAUGUUAAGCAUGCUAAGCUUCUGGACAUCUGAUCUUGAUCUAACAGUUACGCGAUAACGUAUUUCAAAGGUAUACACUGUCACCUUUUUGAUAGUACACCAACGUAGAUUGCUGUGUAUACCAUCAUUGUGGCUUUUCAGGCUUGAUCACGACGAACGG